AUGUCUAUCAUCAACAUAAAUGAUAGUUUGGGAGAAGAGCACAACGAAUUAACACAAUCUGAACUGCCAAACGGUCAUGUUGAGGAACGAGUACAGGUUGAUCGUCGAAAAUUGGAAAACAUGAUUUUAGGUGUGGAGGAAAACGUACCAAACGCUGAAGAUUAUUUUGAACAAGUAGGAUUUCUAUGAGUUGAAUUUUGUUUUAAACCCAUUUCGUGAAGUGUUAGUUUAAUUAUAAAUUUUAUUUAGGUUUCCGCACAAUCUGGAACAAAGAUUCAAUGGCCUUCUAGGUUAAAAAUUGGUGCGAAAACAAAAAAAGAUCCAUUUAUUAAAAUAAUUGGACCCGUUGAAAAUGUCAAAAAUGCAAAGAAGAUUAUAAACUCAUUACUAAAAAUUAAGGUAAGGUUACUUAAAAACGUAUGUCAUCAAUAUUCUUAUCAAUGGUAAUAACUUUUAGAAACAUCGCAUUACAUUGAAGAUAGAAAUACCGCACGCUGAACACUCUCACGUUAUUGGCAGACGAGGAAAAAAUACUCAAGAAAUUAUGCAAAAGACCCAUUGUCAUAUUCAUUUUCCUGAUUCUAACAAACACUCGGAUGCUGAAAAGAAUAACCAAGUAUCGAUUGCUGGGUCUACUUUACAAACUGAAAAUUCAAGGAGUAUGUUGCGAGUAAGUUGAUAUAAGGGGUCCUCCGCAGGCUUGGACGUAGGGCAGGGCCCUGCCCGGCCCGGCCCUAGGGCCCGAUCGGGCAGGGCAUUUACAGGGCCUUUGUAAUUUAAGUUUAUAAAGUUAAUAACAAGUGAAAUAAACUGCUUUAUAUCUACCCGACCUUACUCCCACCUAUUUUAGCCCUACCCGGCCUCACCUUUGACCCUUUUAGACCUUCCCGGCCUCACCCUUGACUUUUUUAGCCCUACCGAACCUUACUUCUGACUUUUUAGCUUUAGCCAAUUCUACCUCUGGUCUAUUUAGCCUUACCCGACCCUACACCUUACUUUUUUUACCUUACCCUACUAUACCAUACCCAUCCUACAUAACAUUCCAUACCGUACCAUACCAUGCCCUAUGCUACCUACUAUACCAUACCCAUCUUACCAAACAAAGCAUACAAAGCCCAACAGUACCCUAUCAUACCAUAACCUAUCCUAUCUAUCAUAACAAACCCUACAAUACCCUAUAAUAUUAUAACAUGCCACACUCUACCAUACCCUACCAUACGAUACUAUAACUGACUAUAUUAUACCAUUUACCUUGCUUUAUUUACCUUCUCUAACCUACCCAUAGAUAGUACACAGUAGUGUUGUAUAAGAUAGGAUAAGGAGAUAUGAUACAGUAUCGCCCUACGUCCAAGCCUGAUCCUCCGUCAGCCGAGAAAUUAAAAGAGGCUGACUAGUUAUGCAUUCUUUGGAAAUAUUGCAAUUUACGAAACUUUUCCACGAAAAAUUCCUACUCAUCCAGGGCAAUGUACUAUGAUAUAAAGACUUUUAGAAAAUAUCUCCUGUUAUUAUCACGAUAGUAGCGGAAAUUACCAAGCCUCAAGUAGCGUCUGUUGAAGCUCAAAGGAAAGCGUUGGCCCAACCUGAUAUUACGGUAACAAUCCAACAGACUUCAACUAAUGUCUUUCAAUGGAAUAUAAAAGCUUCCGGUCACAAUAAAGCGGGAAUUCUUAAAAUGAUUGAAAAAAUACAAAAAAUCAACGACUUGAAAAGUGAAGACUGUCAAUGUAAAUCUGUCUUUGAACUGCGCCCAGUAUUGCUUUCUGCGUGUUACGGUCUAUUUAAAUUAAGCACAGUUCGAUGGAUUGCAGCGCACACCAAUACUCAAAUGCAAUUCUCAGCCCAAGAUCCUUUUAUUGUUAUUCUUGGCGAACCUUCCGCAAUUUUACACGCCCGAGAAUACUUAACUGGACUUUUACCUGUUACCUUAUUGUUCGACAGGCAAAACGAUGGUAACAUAAACAUGGAUCGAGGAUUUACAAGAAGACUCGAAGAAGAGUUCUCCGUAAAAAUAAUCGAAAAAGAAAAAACAGGAAGCUCUGGUGCUGAAAGUGUAAGUUUCAAAACUUAGUAUUUAACAUAAAAAAUUUAAAGUUAAAAAAGUCGAUAUUUGAUGCAAAAAAUUUAGUUAUUUUUGAUACGUACUCAUGAAGCCAAUUUGACGUCUGCUUACCGUACGCGCCUGUUAAUUUUAAACGAACCUUCUGAAUUUAUACCAAACGAAUACGAAUUUAUGAAAGAUUUGCAGCUGUAAGUCUAUAAAUAGAAAAUUUUGCAUAGUUAAGUAACAAGUCUAUAAACUUAUUGAUUUAGCUUGAUAAAGCAAUCGGAAAGUGUGCUUAUUAAACCACGAAACCAUAUGUCAGCCCCGAUAUUUUCACAGUCAGUCAACGUCAGCUUGGUAAUUGUUUUGUAUUAUAAUAUGCUACGUUAUUCUUUAAUUUAGAAAUCAAGAAGCACUUAUAAUUAUGAUUGAGUAAUCAAAAUUUUGGCCGAGAUAAAUUUGUUACAGUACAUAAUAAAAAUAUAGUAUUUUACAUUAAGAAUAUUAGACGGAUAAAGUAGCAUUACGUCUUUAUUUUUGAUCAUCGGUACUUAACUUAGCAUAUGAAUAAGCCUACACAUGUAUUACAAAUUGACAAUUUAAAGAUGCAAGAACCACCAGAUUCGCCAGAUCCAAAAGAGUCACCUAUCGCUCACUCCUUACUAAGCGGAGUACGAAGUUUCAAUUCUACGUAAGGCAAUUUUAAUUGUAACUUAUAAUAACAUUUAAGAUUUUUUAAAUUUUAAGUAAUAACGGUUGUUUUUCUAAACUAUCACCAUAUUUGUUUUCCACAUAGCUGUGCUAAUAACCUCGGAUCACAUUUUUAAGUAAAAUUUUGUAACAACCCGUAUAAUUUAAAAUUCACUGCAGAAAUGCUAGAGAAAGCUUUACAUUCUGCAAUCAGAAAAACGUUUUUGAUAGAAACGUCAAUGAAGAAACAACGCAAAACUUAUGGAACGGAACAUCGUGCAGCUUUAGCUCAUCGUUACCGGCUAGAAUUUUACAAGCAGAUCUUCAGGAAAUUUGGGAUACAGACGAAAGAAAUGGUGAGUACGCAAAGUGUGAAAGUACUUUUUUGCAAAAAUUAUUUAUUCUUAAUUUGAAAAUUAUAAUAUGUACAGAAAAUCCUGCAUAACGACACCUUUAAAUCCCCAUAGAGACGCCUCUGGUUUCAUUGUAACUGCAAUACAAUAUUGUAACAUUAAUAGAACAGUUUUUUCAUUAAAUUUAAUGAUGUAAAGUAAAGUAAAAAAGCAGAUAGUCUAAAUUUGUUAGUUCAAUUUUUUACCUAUAUAGUAAACCGGCAUUACGUUGCAAACUUUUUUCAGAUAAUUUGAAUUCUAAAGACGUUAGCUACAACCAGUCAAAUUCAAAUCAAAAUCAGCUAGCAUCGGUGCUGGAAGAAGACGAGCCGUCUGAUUACAAUGUUUACAACAAUUCAAAUCUUUCGGCACGCAUGGGAGCAAAUCAAACUGAUCGUAUUGGAAUACCUCCCGGCUUUAACCAAUCAUUAGGAUUUGGACAGUCUGCCAACACAUUCAUUAACUCUACCAAUUCGUCCUUAGGAUCGGACAUGAACUGGGAUAUUCGAAGCCAUACAGAGCCACAGACCGUGCUGUCACAACUAGGAUGUAGUGAAUACUUGAAACAGUUUAAAGAACAAGAGGUAAAACUUAUAUAAAUUGGUAUAAAAUAUGGCUAAUUUUUGCCCUUUUUCUUUAUCAAAAGCCAUGACUUUUAUCAUUUUGAUUAUAUUAGAUUUUAACAAUAUUUCGUCCAAUCCAAAGGUCGAUGAGAAACCUUUAAAAAAGUCCAAAGGCUAUGAGAAAACCUUUAAUUUCUGAAUAUAUAAUGUAAAAUAAUUUAGAUUGACAUGCAAGCAUUUUUACUCUUAGAUGAAACUAAUCUAAAAGACAUUGGUGUCGUAACAAUGGGUGCCCGAAAAAAAAUUUACAAUGCUAUUUUAAGUAGGUUUUAGAUUUUUCACAAAUUUUUGUAAAAAAACUUAAUUAUUCUUUGGUCAUUAGAACUUUUUUUCAGAAUUGCGUGACUCUGCUGAACGACAAGGCUACGUUAUAUGA